AUGACCAUCAUCGGAUUACGUAAAUUUCUACAUUUUCUAAAUAUAGCGCUACCAAUCACAUUCAAAUGUCUAAAAUAUAUGGCUUAUAAAGAUAUCCUUUAUCCAUUGGCUACUCUAAAUUCUCUAGUCUGUGUUUUCAUGACAAAUAUCAUUAUAGUGAAUAGAAUAACAACAAAACCUAUACAUUUGUCUAUGGUAAAUAGCGAAUAUAGAUUGUCGUACCAGCCUGUUAUUCUCGCAAAACUAGCACCAGCUGCAGACCACAUUGCAGCCAUAUCAAACCCAUGCAACGGUUCUUUGAGACCUUAUAGUCUCCAUUGA